GUUGUCGGAACCGUCCACAGUCAACUGUUCGUACCGCUAGUGUGUACACGUGUUUUUCAUCGUUCCCGGGUUCCGGGGUUUUUCUUUUGCCAUCACACAACACGCAAGUGAAAAAGUGAUCUCUGUUCGAUAUCUGGAACGAAGCCCCCCCCCACCAGCUUGAUCGUGUGUGUUGUGCGUCCGUUGUGAAAGGCAGCUUAUCGGUGCAUUUGUUCUGAAUCAUUGGAUCGAUCCUAAAACCGACAAGAAUAAAAAAUGUCGCGAACGCUGGAACUGUCGCCGAAUGCGCAAAUCAACAAGACGCUGCUCGAGAAGUACAUGUCCUUGCCGAUGCCGGAUGGUAAGAUACAGGCGACGUACAUCUGGAUCGAUGGUACCGGUGAGAACGUCCGCUGCAAGGACCGUACGCUGGACUUUAUCCCACAGUCACCGAGUGAGCUACCAAUCUGGAAUUACGAUGGUAGCUCCACGUACCAGGCGGAAGGUUCCAACUCGGACGUCUAUCUGCACCCGGUCACCAUCUACCGUGAUCCGUUCCGGCGCGGCAACAACAUUCUGGUGCUGUGCGAAACGUACCACUACGAUGGUACACCGACCGAAUCGAACAAGCGCAAAUCGUGCCUGGAGGUGUGCCAGAAGACGGCCGGUGAGAAGCCGUGGUUUGGUAUCGAGCAGGAGUACACGCUGCUGGACGUUGACGGACGUCCGCUCGGUUGGCCAAAGAAUGGUUUCCCGGGACCGCAGGGACCGUACUAUUGUGGUGUCGGUGCGGACAAGGUGUAUGCGCGUGAUAUCGUCGAUGCACACUACCGGGCCUGUCUGUACGCGGGUGUAAAGAUUUGUGGCACAAACGCGGAAGUUAUGCCGGCCCAGUGGGAGUAUCAGGUUGGACCGUGCGAAGGCAUCCAGAUUGGGGAUGAUCUGUGGAUGUCCCGGUUUUUGCUACAUCGUGUGGCGGAAGAGUUUGGAAUCGUUGCCACGCUGGACCCGAAACCGAUGCAGGGCGAUUGGAACGGAGCAGGAGCACACACGAACGUUUCCACCAAGACGAUGCGCGAACCGGGCGGUCUGGCUGAGAUCGAGAGUGCGAUCGGCAAGCUGUCGAAGCAUCACGAGCGCCACAUCCGUGCCUACGAUCCGCACGGUGGAAAGGACAACGAGCGUCGACUGACCGGAAAGCACGAAACUAGCUCAAUCCACGAUUUUAAUGCCGGUGUUGCUAAUCGUGGAUGCUCGAUUCGUAUUCCGCGUGGUGUUUCCGACCAAGGAUUCGGUUACUUCGAAGAUCGUCGUCCCAGCUCCAACUGCGAUCCGUACAGUGUAUCCGAGGCUAUUCUGCGCACGAUAUGCCUCAAUGAGUAAAACGGUUUCCACUACAUAUUAGUGUUAUCGGACAUUCCAAGUUUUGGAGAGUUGUAUUUCCAUUCUGAACGAACAAAAAACAAAAACAACUACAACAACAAUUAUAAUAAUGCAUUCAGUAACUAUUGAUCCUGUUGGUACGAUCGGAUCUUGACUAUCGUCUAUUUGUUUCGUUUUUUUAAUUCCCAGCUCUAUUUAGCACUAGUUGCCAUGGUUACGCAAGUGACAUGUAUCUUGCAAUCAAACUACUCUGUUUCAGUUUCUCUUACCUCAGCGUGCUAUGAAGCGUAUUUACAAUCUGUACGAAUACAUAAAGAAAUAUAGGUUGUUUGUAUCUUGAAACUCGAAAUAAAAACAUGUAAAAAGUGA